CUCAGAAAUAUAUUAUUUGAAUUCUGCUCAAGUAGUUGAACAGGCGCUGCUAAGAUGAACUCUCUUGUUGUCAUCGCUUCUCUGUUGGUUUUGAGUGCCGUCCAGGCGCAAGAUGCCGUAACAACAGCGAAGGUGCAUCAGCACCACAGUCACCACACGCAUGCCGCCCAUGCCCACACCACACACGAGGCCAAGGAGACAGAGAACUACUCCUUUGUCUAUGACGGGAGAAGUCAUGACAUGGUGGUGAAAACAGCAAGCACCUGUUACAUCAUGCCUCUGACGGACGCACAGAGAGCCAUGGUCCACGACCCUGCUCAAAUCAAGAACGUGGAGGCUAGAGCUCUCAGGCUGAUCAUCGACAACUCUAUCCAGAGCAAUAUUGACCAGUCCGUUCUGGACCACCAUCUUGCACACUAUUGCAGAGGCUCCGCUAAGAUCAUCAUGCUGGCUAACAAUUGAAUAGGGCUCCAGUCGCCAUAACCUGUCCACUGUGGUCACGUGGCAAGGUUCUUUGGAUGUCGUGUGUGUACAGUGAAAUAAACUAACUGUCUGACA